AUGGCUACAUAUUUCAAAACUCCAUUUACUGUUGGUGGUGUUGAACAUCAUUACAUUGAAGUUAAAGUACCAAAAGUCGAUUCAUCAUCUGGUAAAAAUAUAAUCUGUUGCGUCGAUGUGUCAGGCUCAAUGAGUGGCAGUCCCAUUCGUAAUGUUUGUGCAGUUUUAAAAGAUAUUUAUCAACGUACAAAAGUUGAAUAUCCACUGUUCACUUAUAAUACAAGGGCAGACACGACAAAAACAAUAAAAUCUGUUGAGAACACAGAUUUAGAUGCAAAUGGUGGUACUAGUUUCAGUUCAAUUUUUACUGCUAUUCAAAAUCAUUUAGUUAAUAAUCAAAAAUCAACCACAUUUAUUUUUAUGACUGAUGGUCAAGAUACUGAUUCACAAGAUGCAUUGAAAAGAGCUAUUCAAAUGUUAAAAUUAUCAAUCAGUGGACUAUCAAAAACAAUUACUAUUAUAUUUCAUGUCAUUGGCUUUGGUGAAGUGAAUAAUAAUUUUUUGGAUCAAGUUCGAAAAUUUGGCACGAAAGAAGGUUUAUUUCGAUAUUCAACUCAAUCAGCAGAAUUGCAAAGUAAUUUCAAUGAUAUGUUUGAAUAUGCAAUGUCGGCUAGAGAAUUUACAAUAGUUAUUAAUGGACAAUCGUAUACAUCAAGUAGUAAUGAAGAAACAGUGGGCUUUUUAAUCGACAAUAUGACGAUUGAUAAUACGAGAAUUCAAGAAAUUAUAUUUAAAUCGCCGGAUGGCGAAUCAAAAUUACCAUUACAAGUUAUGCAACCUAUUCGUCCAAUUCAUGUUGUACGUGCAUUAACUUUAGUUUCUCCAGAUGACGAAGAAUCCGUUCACCAAAUUCGUACAUAUUUAAAUUCAAUUAUUCCAACAGCAAGUGCUGAUCUUAUGGAAAAAUUAGAAUUAGAACAAAUUAAAAAAGAAAUUGACGAACGAAUGAUGGAAUAUACAAAAUUAUUUACACAAAUUAAAAUAGGACAAGUUCCAGAACAAGUCAAAUUAAAGUUGAGUGCAUUAAGACAUGAUGCUACAUUUGCUAAUGCACAGCGACGUAAAAAAUUAGAUUUACGUAUCAAUAAAAAUGUCGAUUAUUUUCGGAAAACAGAUAUUAGUGGAAUAUUAGAGGGUUAUAGAAAAAAUAUUGAUCAAGAAGGUUGGAAUAAAAUAAAAGAACAGAAAUCUGACUGGGUUUGUACAUAUUCUAGUGAUGAUAUAUAUGAAAUGAUGAGAAAAACUUCGGAUAAUAUUAUGUGCUUAGGAAUAUUAAUCGAACGUAAUGAACAAGCCAUUACAUCACCAACAAAAGGAUUAAAAUUGAUUAGUGUAUCAAACACCUUGAUUUCAUAUGAUUCAUUUAUUGCUGCAAUGACUUUGACGAAAAAUUCACAACAGCAAUUACAACAACAACAACAAGCGGAUGAUAGUAAUUAUGGAUUGUUUGCUGGAAUUAAUGAUACCUAUUGUGUUGUUGGUCAAUUACAUGAAAAAAUCAAUGCCGUAAUACCACUGUAUAUUAAUUAUGAACAUAUGAAACGUAUACGUAUUUUAGAAGGCAUUUGGUUAGGAUAUAUGUUUACUUUAGAUUCAUAUGGUUAUGAUAAAGAACAAGAAAUUGGUUUACUUAAACUACUAUAUGACAUCAUGAUGUUACGUACUGGUACAACAAAAAAUAAAAACUUGAUAACUGAAUUCGAAAAAGUCUGCCAUUUUAUUGUGACUGAAUCCAUCGGUUUUAAAAGUGCCUAUGGUGAAAAAACCUAUGAAAAUUUUAUUAACAGUAUUCAUGGACGACAAAAUGGAACAUAUGAUUCAAGUAUUCCAUUGAUUAUUGGACAUUUGAUAGGUGAUUUAAAGACUAUUCUAAUACCAGUCUAUUAUGAAUAUCUCCGCCGAUAUUUACGCCAAAAUUUGCCCACCGAUAAAACUAAUAUUAUCGAACGAUUAUUAUAUGGUGAUGAAAGUCAAAGAGUUAAAACGGUUGCAAGUAGUCAAGACACAAUUGGUAUUGAUAUAAAUCAGCAAGAUCCUGAUUUUGUUGAAAAAAGUUUCGUUCAAUAUUUUCAUGAUGAAAUGUGUAAGCCAAUCGAAUUGAUUCCAGAAACAGCCACAGGUAAAGAUCGAAAAUUAAUCACUCAUGAAGCUGAAGUUGAAUAUAUUAAAAAUAUUUUGAAAACUAUUGAUAAUGAAAAUAGUUUCGGUGUGCCCGUUGUUAUUAAAAAUAUGUUGAAAUAUUGUGAUAUGAAUGAAAAUUAUGUUGAAAAUAUUAUCGAUUAUGAUGAUUUACGAAAAGAAUUAUUAAUGAUUUUAUAUUUCGAUCAUACUGUACCAACAAAUGUAACAAAAUCAAAUGUGUUGACUGUCAUAGAUGAAAGGAUUCAAGGUAAUCGUGAUAACUCCGUAACAUUUAAUUUUACAUCUGAAACAAUACGUAUCGUUACAUAUAAGAUUUUAAAUGCCAAGACAUUAGAAGGUUUCGGUGGUUUAUUAAGAAAAUAUUGUCCAAAACGUUGUGGUCCAGUUUUUUCUGAAGUUAUAAAAAAUUUAUUAGUUUUACCACAAAAAAAUGAAACAGAUCAAGAUGCGAACGUUGUAACAAAUAAAGAUAAAUUAGUAGCAUUAUUAACAAAUCAAAUUGGACAUUCUCCAUUAUAUAAUAAUGAAAUGGCAAGUUUUUGUUGGCAACCAUUAGCUGAUGUAAAUAUUAGUCUCUUGGCUGAAAUGAUUGGUGAAAAGAAAUUUAAGAAAAUCGAAAAAGAGAACCUCGGUAAAAAUGUCUUACACUGCUAUAGAAUAGUAAAUAAAUCAAAUCGUCAUGGUUAUAGUAAUUAUAAGCCAAAUAUGAAUAAUAUUUAUAGAUUUACUGGUUAUCAUGAUCGAUAUUAA